AUGUCAGAUAAAAAGAUGUCGUCGAGUCGCAGGCAACAUCUCAAGAGCUUGAUCCUCCAGAUUGCCCAGGGGUUGAUAGAGGCUGAGGCCAUCCAGGCAGAGGAGGACAAAAACAGGUACAUGGAUGAGAAUGUCCCCUCCCUCUCCGUCCCGGGAUCCAUGCAGGAACUCCAGGAUCUGUGCAAGAAGCUCCACCAGCAGAUUGAUGCAGUGGAUGAACAGAGAUAUGACACGCAAAGCAAAGUAGCCAAGUCUGAUAAGGAGAUUGAGGAUCUGAAGAUAAAACUACAAGACCUGAAGGGAAAGUUCAAGAAGCCCGUCCUGAAGAAAGUACGUAUGUCUGCUGACGCUAUGCUCCAGGCUCUGCUGGGCUCCAAACACAAGGUGUCCAUGGAUCUGAGGUCCAACCUGAAGCAAGUCAAGAAGGAGGUCAAGGAGGAGGUGAAAGAUGCAGCUGACUGGCGUAAGAACAUUGAGGACAAGGCUGGCAUGGAUGGUAGAAAGAAGAUGUUUGAGUCCGACCCUUAA